ACAGAGGCAGAGCCUCCUGGAAGCCAAGAGGGGCGGGGAGACACACCAAGAGAAGCUGAAGAGACCAAAAGUCGAGACAGACCAGAUCAGGAGGGAGGCAGAAGAGAGAGCCCAGCAGGAGGAGGACUGAGAGGCACUCGCCAGUCCUAUAGCACUCAUCCUGAUCCUUAUUAGUUUGAGUGCUGGGAAGCCCAGCUGGAUGCAGGCAGCCUGGCUCUUGGGGGCCCUAGUGGUCCCUCAGGUUUUGGGUUUGGGCCAUGGAGCCCGGGGUCCUGGGAGGGAGUGGGAGGGAGGCUGGGGAGGGGCCUUGGAGGAGGAGCGAAAGCGGGAGUCACUGAUGUUGAAGAAUCUACAGGAGGCCCUGGGGCUGUCCACUGGGCUGGGAAAUAAGGAUAGUGUUGCCGGAAAUCCUGAAGGCAAAGGGGUCUGGGGGACCAAGGAGACUCCAGGAGAAGAAGAGGAAGAGGAAAUCACCACAGCACCUACUUCCAGUUCCAGUCCUGUCCCCAGCCCUUCUCCUACGCCAGAGGACGCCAUCACUUACAUCUUGGGCCGCUUGGCUGGCCUGGAUGCAGGCCUACACCAAUUGCACAUUCGUCUGCACGCUUUGGACACCCGUGUGGUCCAGCUGACCCAGGGACUGCGGCAGCUGCGGGAUGCUACAAGCGACACCCGCGACUCCGUGCAAGCCCUGAAGGAGGCACAGGUCCGUGCUGAGCAGGAGCACGGCCGCUUGGAGGGCUGCCUGAAGGGCCUGCGCCUGGGCCACAAGUGCUUCCUGCUAUCGCGGGACUUCGAGACCCAGGCGGCAGCGCAGGCGCGGUGCAAGGCGCGGGGCGGGAGUCUCGCGCAGCCGGCGGACCGCCAGCAAAUGGAUGCGGUGGCCCGGUACUUGCGCUCUGCCCUCGCCCCCUACAACUGGCCGGUGUGGCUGGGCGUGAACGACCGGCGCUCGGAAGGCCUCUACCUUUUCGAGAACGGCCAGCGUGUGUCCUUCUUCGCCUGGCACCGCGCACCCAGCCCGGAGCCCGGCGCCCAGCCCAGCGCGGCAUCACAUCCACUCAGCCCGAAUCAGCCCAAUGGCGGCGUCCUGGAGAACUGCGUGGCGCAGGCCUCAGACGACGGCUCCUGGUGGGACCAUGACUGUGAGCGGCGCCUCUACUUCAUCUGCGAGUUCCCCUUUUAGAGAGCCGGUCCUUGCCCCAGAGCUCGAGCACACGUUCUGCUCAGUGCACCCUACUGUCUGGGGUCGCUCAGAGGUUGACAGUAACCAUGAAUAAAUUUUAAUAAUUAGA